UACGCUUCUCUGUCUUUGCGCAUUUCUCUCUAUUUUCAUUCUAUUCUAAUCUGUUUGGUUCCCCUGAAAUCUCGGAAACGAGAGGACAAACAGAAAAUCAAAGUAGUUUACUCCUCUUACAAACUGGGUAACCCGUAAAAUUUAAUCUUUUGAUGUGGGGUUCUUUGGUUGUCUGAAACUUUUGCUUGUUGCUCAGGAAACAGAAAAAAUGUAUGCCAUUGGAGAUGGCUUUGGUGGCCUAAAUACUUGCAGUGUUAUUUAUUUCAGAGUUGAUCCAGUUUUUUUGUGAUUGUGUUGGAUGUGAAGAUGGAUGUGGAGGAAGUUAGGCAUAAAGUAGAACUAAGAGAUGUAUGCAAGUGCAGUGAACUGAAAUUGAGGUGUGAAAAAGCUGAAAAUAAGUGUGAAGAGUUAGAGUUGAAGAUUCAAAUAAAAAAGAUUGAGUAUGAAUUACUUCAGGGCCAAAUGAAGAAGUUGGAGUCAGAAAAAUCAGUCAUUGAAACAGAGCUAAAAGCUUGGAUGGAGAAGAGUCAUGAACGUGGACAGCAGGUUAGUUGUGGUAAAGAUGGAAGAAAUAUUUGUUUUGAGGAUGUAAAGAUGGAAGUUGUGAAUUUAGUUGAUAAUAAUGAAAUUAAAGAGGAGAUUUUUCAGCUUCUGAUUGAGAAUAAUGUUUUGGCUGUUGAGAAGAAGAACGCUGAAAAUGAGGCUGAGCUGUGGAAAGGUAAGUUCAAACACUUGGAGAUUCAGUUUUCGAAAAUGGAUGAAAGAAAAGGUGAUGGGAAGCCAGUGCUUUGUGGGAAGUUUGAAGGGAGAAUUGGAUUAUCAAUGAGUCAUGAAACUUGUGCUUCGGAUGGUGUGGCCUCUAAUCAUUAUGCUUUUAGUAAAGAAAUUAGUAACAUUGAAGCAGGAACGCCUCCAAAUGGCUCAUCACCCAAUCCUACUCUUUCUUUUGGGCAAGGAAGAAAACGUGGUACUAUAGAAUCUCAUUUUGAGCAUGGUAAUCGAGUUAGAAAACAGUUGAGUUUCGAAGAAGAGAGUCCCAGCAAAAAGAUGGCACCAUUAACUCCAGGUGUUUCUAGACCUUUACAUGGCGUCAUUAACAUUGAUGAUAGUGAUGAUGAAGUAAUCAUUGCCAAAUUGCCUUCUCAUACUCAAGAAAAGAGCGAGGCUUGUGUUUCAGCCCCUCAAGAUUUAAGUGAAUGUGUAUCUAUUUGUUUUGAGGAGAAAAUAGACAAUGGAAACAAAAUAACCGAGUCUGAUUGCCAUACAAACAAUGCGGAAAAUGUAGAAGCUUUAAGUGAUGAUUUUAUCUCUAAUUCAACUCUGAAAAGGAAACGGGCUUUGAAUAUUUUGACCAGCGACACAGAAACUGAUGACGACGAUAAUGUCCCAAUCGGGAAACUGAAGAUCAGAUUUCUUCAGAAAACAAACUGUACACAAGUACUUUCGGACUUGAACAAUGACCCUACUUCUACAUGUGACAAAGUUGUGGUUAGUGCAAUCCCUACAAGGAGGCGGUUAGUGUCAUUAAGAAAUUACGACGAGAAAGGAAGUGAAAAGGAAAACUCUGCAAGUCAGAUUGUUGGUAUCAAGAAUGGCAUGACGGACGCUGAAGACGAAUUGGAAGAUGUUGCAUCAGUCGCUGGGAGUGAUACUGAUAGCUUUGAAGGAUUUAUUGUUGAGAGCUCUGAUGAUUCAGACGUUGGAAGCACGUCUCAGUCAGAAGAUUCAGAAGAUUUAUCGAACGGCGGUGAAGGAUACGAUGAGAUAAUGUCUAAGCUAGGAAGGAGAAAAAAAGAGUUGAAAUGGGAGUAUGAGGCUGAUAUGCUUGCAUCUUUUGGCAAGGAUCCUGAAUUGUGUAUGAAGGCUGUGUGUGCUCUCUAUAGACAGCAAACUUCUGAGGAGAAAAUAAGUAAAGAAACGUUGUUUUCUAACAAGAGAGGAUUCAGCAAGUUCGAUGCUAUCAGGGGCACCCGUUUGGCUGAGUUUCUCACCAAUGGCGAUCCACAAGGUAAUCUCAACAAAUCUGUUAAAGAGUUGGAGGAGUACGACCCAAAGGCGAUUGAGCUGUGCAGAAAUUUAGCCACACAUUACUCCAAGCAGUUGUUCGAGAUCUAUGGAAAUAAAGAAGAUCCUUUCUUUUUACUUGCAUGACAUUAUGUCAUUGGUUCCACUGCCAAACAAAUUCAUAGUCAAAUGUAAGACUGAAUGCCCUCCGCUUGAAGAAACUCCCAAAAAGGGUCUUUUUGCGGGAAAAUAGCAUAAAGCAUAAAACAUAUAGUUAUGUUGGACCUUUCUUAGGAGGAAAGCUAUAUUGAUAGACCAUAGUUGGUUGACAUGACAUGUAACCUGUCGAUCUGAUUGUAAAUUUUGUGCAUUCAGGGUAGUUAUUUAUUUUCAUUGUCUUAGUCUA